AAAACAUUUCACUCUUAGCGGGUUUUUCGGAGCCCUACCAACCUCUGGAUCUUUAUUCGCCUAUCCCAAUCACCCGUUAUACGAUGGCGAAAUCAUGCAAACCGAGGAAAGUACUGGGCUCCUCAAAGAGAGGGCGGAAAGCUAAUGGGAACACGAGAAAGUUUACCACCCGAUGGUUCGUGUCACCGAUCAUCCCAAAGACGCUGAAACUCAAUUUCGUACCGCGAGGGUCAACGCCGGAGAUUCCUUUGUCGAAUGCCGACUCCGAUUGGCAAACUGGACUGGAUCAGAUCACGCCGGAUUCGCCUCCAAUCCUGGAGAUUCAAGGAGCGUUAGACCCAGCUGAGGUCUUCACGCCUCUAUCUUCGCUCGAGAGAGGGAAAGUCCAGAGGAGGAACCUCUUCAAAUGGAAGAGCUGGAAUGACCUCUCCGUCCUACCGGACUCGGUUUUCGUCAACUCUGAGACUCCCCUCGAACCUCGGCAACUCCCCAUGGAAUCAGGGAUAUCCCCAAUGGACAUUUCGAUGCUCGAGUCCAAUGAUACGAUCUUUGAGGAGGAGCUCUCCGAUGGACGACCAGAGGAUUUCGAUCGCCUGCGGGUAAAACGAAUCAUAUUCGACGUGAUCGAAGAAUCUUUCUCGACGCCCCAUUCAGACAAAUGUAUAGUUGUUCCUGCUCCGGGUGCCUCCAGUUCUGAAGCUGUGGCUAUUCGGGAGUACUUUGUGCCGGAAACUCCUCAGAAUCAGUGAAGAAAUAUCACCAGACUGCCGCUGCGCUCGCCAUCAUGGCAAUGUAUGAGCUCGCGAAACGUGCCGAGAGUUUUUAUGGAAUGUACUAAAGUAAAAUCACCCUAAUUUUACCAUGCAUGGUCGUG